AGUGCGAAGCACGGUGAGAAAUCACAGCGGGAACUCUUAGUGCUCGGGGUACAGGAACCAGGGAAAGAGGGGGCUGACAGUUUCACCUCCACUAAACUCUGCCUGAACUUCAGCAUUUCUUCCACGUACAGUGGAGGCAACAAGCCUCCAGUAUGAGCAGUACCUGUGAGUGUCACCAAUAGAAAGCGGAGAUAUCUUCACACCACCUACAAUCACUGCAGCCGACUAAAAAUAUCACUUGUGCUCAUUACUACAAAAGUACAGAGGUUAUUAAGGUUUUGUUUUAUGCAUAAAAAAGACACAGCGUACUGCAAUUUCAUUUUUAAAGGGUAUUUUGAAGAUAUAACUAAGAUUUUGAGAGCUUCAUCCAAACUGGAACGUAAUCCUUCAAAAGAGUAAAAAAAAAAAAAUACAGAAAGCUUCAAAUAAUUUUAUACGUGCCUGCUCACAUCACCAAAGGGGCACUGAGCCACGGGGGGGCGGGGGGAUUAAGUAAUUUGCGCAAAGUCUCACAAGUAAGCAACUAAAAGACGACUGGGGAGAUGGCUCAUCAAAACUGGACCAAAAACUCGACAGAAAAUGUGUGAAAACCCUCUGCCCGGUUUCCAUAGUCAGCAAAGUACCUCCUGCCACUAAGGAAUUUGUGAGAAUGAAUAUCCCUGAAUUACUGCUCCAAAGGGUUAGCUUCCAGAGUCAGGUGUGGUGGUGAGCCGCUGCAAAGGCCAGCACGUGGGGCGUUGGGACAGGAGGAUCAGUUUAAGGCUCUCCUCUAUGCGUAAUGAGACUGAGGCCAGCCUCAGCUAUAGGAGACCCUGCGGCACAAGAAGAAACAUUCGCUUCCACUGUAGGGUGAAUAGGAGGCAAAAGCUAGGAGAGAGGGGGCCAGUUAGGAGGGUAUGCAUAGAUUCACUGUCUUUCCCACAACCACACGACAGUUUAAUAAAAGAACAUAAACUGUAAGCGACACUAGACGCACGAUGCUUUCUUUUUAAAGGGAUUCUAAAAUUAACACAACAAUCAUGUGACAUUUAAGUCUAGUCCAAGUGUAAUAAUGUGAGGAUUAUGACUUUAAUAGCUUAAUGUAUGUGUGUUCAGAUUACUUCUUUGUAGGGAAAAUGAAAAAGUCCUCAAACACAGCAGUUACUGGUGCUUCAAAAUCAGAUAGUCAGCUCUCAGAAAAAAGCCACAAGACACAAUCGGCACGUGCUGCAAAGAUAAAGGCAAGAAAAGAAAAUAUUUCAGCAAAAAUAAUACAGAAGGCCUGGUUCAUUUAUGCGGACAAAACAUUGUUUAAACUCCUAAAACACACAGUUUGUGCAGCGGAAUAUUGUGUGGCACACGAACUGCUGACGAGAGUGAGCCCCGUAGAGGCUGCACUUGUUAAAGAUCCUAGCAUGAAGUGUAAAGUCAGAUUCAGAUUUGGUGGUGAAACGUUUCCACCUUUUAUCGUGUUCAAAAUUUUUUUUAAAAACGAUGGCCAUGGUUACAAGUAUUUCAGUGGGAAAGAUUUACUAAAGCCGUCAAGUAAGGCAGUGACUGAUGCUUACAAGAUAAUGGGGGAAAGAAAAUUUUAUCAACAAAUUAUGGAAGAUGAGCAUUUUUUCCAGAAAUUCAAAAUAGCUGAUCACAUGGAUGUUGUCACAGUGAAAGAUUACAUGCGAUACUGCAGUCUUCUGGAUGAUACCCCUGCAUCAUCUGGCGGCAAGAAUAACCAGUGGCGAAGAUUAAACCUCGGAAGCAUUCCCAAAACGAUGAUGAUGUACGACAUCGUUGAUUACGCAGAGUCCGGAGUCAUCUCGAACCGUUUACAAAAAGAAAUGAAAUAUUUGGUGCAGAAGCCACUAACAGAAGCGAUGCGCCAGCACCAGCUAGAGGUUGUUUCUAAAGUUAGGUGCCCAUGCAUUACAACCAUCCGUCCUUUUUACCAGCCUUGGGAAGAGCAAGGUAAAGCGAAACAUCUGGGCCGCCGAUCCAAGCAGGCACAAAAGAAGGUUGAAAAAAUGAAAAAAGCCUAUAUGGCAGCUAAACAAGACAAGGCUUCCCCCAAGGAAGCACAGGCAGACAGGUUCGAAGGGAAGGAGAGGAAGGUCAUCUUCAGCAGCCCAUCUUUUGAAAUCCUGGCAAUUGAAGACUCCUCAUCAGACACCGAACUGGAUAAAGAAGAAAGGGAACUGUUUGCCUGGUAUCAAGACCUGUAUGUUAAACAGUCUUCAUUGUUUUGAAACACUAGUGGACCCAAAGCCACAGUUGCUUGACAAUGUUGUUGGCUAUCUAUAAAUAAAGAACAGCCCAAGUAGAAAAACUUUGGCAUGCUUUCUUAAGCAGAUGGCUGAUGUAUUUGGAAGCCCCUUUGUAUUAUCAUAGGUGGGAAUGGUUUUUAACCUGAAUUGAUUACUUCCAUUAGAGAUCCUGAAACUAGCAAUAUACAGUUUUAUCCAAGAAAUGAGAAGCAAAUUAAUGCCUAAGUGUUUGAUUCAACGUUGAUUUUUUUCAUUAUAAUUAUUUGAACAGGCCAUGCUUACCACAAAUAUUUGAAUUCACAGAAUAAAGGGCUAAUCGUUUUUAUUAUUGAUUUUUAUUGCGCUCUACAUUUUUCUCUGCUCCCUUCCCUGCCUCUCCCCUCCUCUCCCAAGGUCCCCCAUGCUCCCAAUUUACUCAAGAGAUCUUGUCUUUUUCUACUUCCCAUUUAGAUUAGAUCCAUGUAUGUCAAGGGCUAACCUCGAGUCCGCCUCCAUUACCGUUGUUUUUACGGAAUGGUUCUGGAAUGACCCAUUGUGAAUUAUAAUAAAAUGAUGAUAGAUCUGUUAUAACAGCAUACCUAAUCAUUACUGCGCACCGCAAGCAUCUGGGGCACAAUGUAGUGUCCGCUUUGGAGAGUUUUCAAAUAUAAAGACUGUUUUGAGCGAUAUUUCUCCAUUUCAUUUUGAAUUGUCAAAUUUGCCUUUCUGAUAAGAGCAAAUUAUUGAUUUCGUCUGCGGUCCAAGCUCCUGAAUCAUAUCAAAUAUUACUAGAGACUGCAAUAGCUAAACUGAACCCAGUUGUUUAUUGAACUCUUAAAAUAGAAUAUCUUACUUUGCUUGGGAUUUCAAAUGCACAGGUUGAUUGUUAAAGCUACUCGGGCAUGGCAAGGAUCUCAUUCUCUAUUAAAAGACUCUUUUAAAUUAUAAAUAUUGGAAGAAAUGUA